AUGCUGGACAUGAGCGAGGUUCGCACCCAGCCACCCUGCAGCCCGUCUGGCACAGCCAGCUCCAUGUCGCACGUGGAGGACUCUGACUCCGACGCGCCACCGUCGCCCACGGGCUCCGAGGGCCUGGGCCGCACUGGGGGUACGGUGGCCGGCGGUCGGGGGGACUCGGCAGAGGCGGCGGAUGACCGCUUUCCUGCCUGUAUCCGCGACGCCGUGUCGCAGGUGCUCAAAGGCUAUGACUGGAGCUUGGUGCCCAUGCCGGUGCGCGGCGGCGGGGGCGGCGCGCUCAAGGCCAAGCCGCACGUGAAGCGGCCCAUGAACGCCUUUAUGGUGUGGGCCCAGGCUGCGCGCCGCAAGCUAGCGGACCAGUACCCGCACCUGCACAACGCAGAGCUCAGCAAGACGCUUGGCAAGCUAUGGCGGUUGCUGAGUGAAAGUGAGAAGCGUCCCUUCGUGGAGGAGGCAGAGCGGCUUCGUGUCCAGCACAAGAAGGACCACCCAGACUACAAGUACCAGCCCCGCCGCAGGAAGAGUGUGAAGACUGGCCAGAGUGAUUCAGACUCGGGAGCUGAGCUGAGCCACCACUCUGGUGGCGCCAUGUACAAGGCUGAUGCAGGCCUCAGUGAUGUGCACCACCAUGGCGACCACACAGGGCAGACCCACGGGCCUCCCACCCCGCCCACCACCCCCAAGGCAGACCUGCACCAGGCGGGGGCCAGUGUUGGGGCCAAGCCAGAGCUGAAGUUGGAAGGGCGCCGCCUAGUGGACAGUGGGCGCCAGAACAUUGACUUCAGCAAUGUGGACAUCUCUGAGCUCAGCAGCGAGGUCAUGGGCAACAUGGACACCUUCGAUGUCCACGAGUUUGACCAGUACCUGCCUCUCAGCGGCCACUCAGCCAUGCCCACAGAGCCCAGCCAGGCAACCACCAGCUCCUACGGGGGUACCUCCUACUCUCACCCGGGGGCAUCCCCCGUGUGGGUGCAUAAGAGUGGUCCUCCAGCUUCAGCCUCACCCUCAGAGGCGGGUCCCCCACGGCCACAGAUUAAGACAGAGCAGCUGAGCCCCAGCCACUACAGCGACCAGCCCCAUGGUUCACCCAGUCGUGCUGACUAUGGCUCCUACAGUGCCCAGGCCAGUGUGACAACAGCUGCCCCCGCGGCAGCUGCCAGCUCCUUUGCCAGCUCACAGUGUGACUACGCUGACCUGCAGGCCUCUGGCUACUACAGUCCGUACCCUGGCUACCCAUCUAGCCUCUACCAGUACCCUUACUUCCACUCGCCCCGCCGGCCCUAUGCCUCACCGCUGCUCAAUGGGCUGUCCUUGCCACCUGCCCACAGCCCCACCAGUAACUGGGACCAGCCCGUGUACACUACGCUGACCAGGCCCUGA